UGGUUGUGAGAAUUCAUGCACACAUCCACAUGUGUGUGUGAGUGCACAUCCGUGUGUGAUUAUGUUUGUGUGUGUGUGUGUGUGUGUGUGUGUGUGUGUGUGUUUGUCAGCAGCAUGGCAUAGCCCAGCCUCGGAAGGAAUGGGAAGACUCUGAGUUGAGGGACGUGCUCAGAGUGAACAAAUCAUGCUAAUUGUUUUGGGAAGACUGUGAAAGUUAGUCCCAAGAUGAAGGCACAGAAGGAGGCUUUCUCUUGGGCAUCAGCUGCUUUUGCUGCUCCUCUCCUCCUGAUCUUUGCAGUUCUGAUUCAUUCAGCAUGUGUUCAGGGAGUGAACAUCACCAGUCUUGAAACUCUAAUCAGAGGGACGGUGGGUGGAGAAGCUCUGCUCUCCGUCCGAUACUCAAGCACCAGUCAGGAUCCUCCUGUAAUCAAAUGGCAGUUGAAGAGGGACAAACCCGUUACAGUGGUCCAGUCCAUCGGCACGGAGAUCAUCGGUAACCUGCGACCGGAAUACAGAGACCGUAUCCUUGUUUUUGAGAACGGGACACUGCUGCUCCAUAACCUCAGGCUGUCUGAUGAGGGCACUUAUGAAGUAGAGAUCUCCAUCACCGACGACACCUUCACUGGAGAAAGCAGCAUUGAUCUGACGGUGGAUGAGCCAAUCUCUAAGCCACACGUCCACAUGGUCACCUCUACCGUGCUGGAACUGACGGAGAAUUUCACACUAAACUGCACCCAUGAAACAGGCACUAAGACCACCUACAGCUGGGCAAAAGGUGGUCAUCCAUUACUAAACGAGACCCGUCUGCUGCUGUCACCGGACCAGAAGGUCCUGACCAUCACACGUGUUCAGAUUGUUGAUGAUGAUGUCUACAGCUGUAUGGUGGAGAACCCUAUUAGUAGCAUGAGAAGUCUACCAGUCAGACUCACCGUUUACAAAAGAAGCUCUCUUUAUAUCAUAUUGUCUACAGUGGGCAUCUUCGUCCUUGUCACUCUUGUAACUGUUUGUGCUUGCUGGAAGCCGUCAAAGAAAUCAAAAAGACAGAAGUCCAAAACUAUUAAACCAAGAUCUAUUCAACAAAACCAUCACAUCAGGUAUCAAGACGUCAAGCCAGAGGAUGAUGUUAUCCCAAUAAUGAUUGAUCGUGAGCUCAGGAAUCCUGUAUCACUCUACAUCCUAAAAGAGAAGGAUUCUCCUCCUGGCGAACCAGCGUCAAUAUGUGAAACAUGCACCUCCAACAGCAGCAGCCCUCCGAGCUACAGCAGCUCAAUACCUCCUCCAUCCGACUCACUUGAGCUGCCAGCGCGCUCCUCUCGCAGAUACCCUCGCACCCCCACUAAAUCUCCACCGCACCAUCGCCGGAGGAAGGGACAGAGUCAGAGCCCACCAGCCCCCUCCUCGUCUCGCAACCGAGGGUCCGGUCGUGCCUCUCAGCGCCCUGCGUCAUCGUCUCCAGCCAGGAUACCUGAGAAUCGAUCCACCCCUCCACAGGAACCCAGAGGCUCCCCAAAAACAUAGAUGAUAGCACUGACCAUUUUUGCCAAGCACAUGCUGCAAAAAGACAGAUACUCUAUUGACCUGCACAAAUACUUUUGCAUUAAUGUAUGUAAAUUUGUAAAGACACAUAUAUAUGUUUAUGCUCCAAAACUAUGCUUUUCAAACUUGUUUAGCUUUAUCAUAUUAAAGGGAUGAAAAAAAGAGAAAAUUAUGUAAUUAAUUACUCACCCUCAUGUCGUUCCAAACCCGUAAGAUCUUUUUUC